AUGGCUGCACCUCUCCAUCUACACCUUGCAUCUCUUGAUGAUGACGACCCAUGGAUUGUUGAACAGAAAUACUUCGCGAUCCUAGACAACUCUUUACAGCCAGAUAGUCAGGUUUCAGCUGCAGAAGCUGCAACUGGGUUAAAUGAGCUCACCCCAAUGAACCGUAAGGCAAACGGCGAAGAGGCAGAGGAGCCCGUAAGCUGGUGCUUAGAGUUUUGGGGAACAAUCAACGAACUCGUGAAGCAAAUUCCUUAUGAUCAUCCCUCACAAGACAAGAUGGUUGAGAUCAUCCAAGAGUUGAAAGCCUUACCCGGAGUGGAAGUUCCAGUUUCCAACACGACAAGACGGAUUUGGACAGACCUUCCAUAUUUAGUGGAGGUAUGGUUCGAGUAUGCUGUUAACAUCAGACCUAAGGAUGGACCAUUGGAAUUUGAGAGAUGGAUAAAUUGGCAGGCAUUUUCAGCCCGUGCCCUCCAAGCUGGCUUAGCAGACUGGUUUCGUCUGGCAACCCGGUGCUUCCGUCAUACAUUCGAAGAGGAGCACCUUCAAGGAAAUGAAUUUUCGGAGUCUCUUAUCCGCGGCGCGGCGCAGUGGAUUGAGUAUUCCGGCGAAAGGCUCUUUCAAUCCCUUGACAAGUUACCUAAGUUUAUUGAUCUGAAACCCGGAAAACUAUAUACAGGAAAAAUGGACCUAUCCCGUGAGAGAUGGGACUUCUGGGAAGCAAGUUUCCGUGCCUGUGCGGGAAACGAGACUUUUACGGCGGAAACUGUGUUGAUUUGUGAUAAGGCUGCGCAGAAAAUGGCCGCAAUUGCUGCAAACACGGAUGGCAGUGACGAGCAGGGUUGUGACGAGGCGGCAACAUCCCAAUAA